AGCUGGAUAUGUUCACAGACAGAUUGGGGUUUCACAGUAUGUUGCAACAAUGGCGUGCAUAUCUCUGACUAAACUUGGCUUCCUCGUGAUCCUCGGCUUCAUUAUCAGCCUCCCAGAGUUCUUCACUAUCGACAGAGUGCGGAGCGUGUCCCUGCUGUGUGGAGAUGAGGACAGCAGGGGGCAGACUGGAGGCCAGUGGAGGAGCAGCACAUGCGAUGAACAGUGGGAGCCAAUGAGAGCAGCAGCUGAUCAGAGGAACGUUACGCAGGCCCACAAAAGCUGCUUUGUGUGUCAGGCAGAUGUCAGCAGGGUUUGGUUUGAUCACAACAGCUCGUCCCCAGCUGAUGGCGUCUCCUUCGAAGUGUCUUUCAACUUACAAUGGAACAACACAGCCACAGAAUAUAUCACCUUGGUUGGCCGCUACAACCACAGCUCUCAAUACUUUCAUCUUUAUAACGAGGAGGAAAAGGAGAAAAACUAUGAAUACAGUGGUGGUUUCUUGUACUGCCCUGGAUUAGCCAACACAGACUCAGCCAACCACAGCUGCUGCCUCCUCUGUCUCUCUCUUCAGAUAACUGCGAGGGAAGGGCUGCCAUGGAAACGUAGUACUAAAGAUGAGUGGGGGUCUGUGCUUCAGGGGGUCUGGUUAUCACUGCUGUGUGUGGUGCUUCUGCUCAUCGUCACCACAGUCAGUCAACAAAUCAUUAAAAGAAGGAGACGCCCCUCUGAGAACGCAAAGAUCUACCGUUUUAAUUACACUGUUAAAGGGCAUCAAUUAAAGGACGAAAAGCCCCAAGAAGUCAACACUGCCAGAGCUUUGAAACUUGGCAGAAUUUCAGAGUAUUCCUGGUCAGCAUUGUCUUCUAUUGCGGAAGAGGAUUCACAAGAUGAAACCGAUGCACCUUUAAAUGACUAUAGAGAUGAAAGUUCUAAUGAAAACACUCAUCAUUCUAACUCAUCCUCCAUCAGAAGAACAGACCACACUGCGACCAUCGAUAAACCUUCAUAAGGAAAUAAGAAGUGUCCUUUUAUACUGUAAAUAAAACCACCUUAAGUUAAACAUA